AUGAUACUCUUCCAGUAUGUCUUCCCUUGCUACCCACAGCAAACGGCGUCUGAGCGAGCGUCCCUGGCAGAGAGGGCCACCAAUUCAAGCAGUAAUGUGGCCUCAACAGCGAAUUUAAGCGGAUCAGCAACAACGUCUCCGGGUACCAGCCACAUAGGUGAUGUAGGUGGAAGUAUUGUUUCAUUGGCCGCCGGUGCCUUCUUUGCCGUUAGUGUGGUAGUGGCCAUCUACUACUUUUUUGACGUGUACCGUAAGCGCACGACAGAGGAAAGGAGGAUUCUAGCUCACGAAGGUGGUGGUCGUGGUGCUGGAGGCCCGCCUAUGAUUCAUAUCAUUGAGGGCAUUCCGAUGCACUACUCCGCAGCAUCAGCGGCGCAACAUGAAUCGACUGAGGAGGUGGCGUCGCUGCGGCGACUGGCACAAGCCUCCCUAGCUGACAUUCCUCAAAGUUCUUUGGUGUCCGUCGCGGAUCACGUGCGCUCGAGAGGACAGGACAGGACGAUCCGCGUGCACAACUUGGACGCCGAUCUGCGCAUCUCAAAUCCGUUUUCGCUGCCAUCAAGCUCCGUGGAGGCGCAGCCAUGCGUGGGCCAUGUCGUGGAAACAGACGAGGGGGAGCAGCGGCUCUUAGGCGGAGAGGAGACGUGGAAGCGGCUUGACUACGGGUCGGCGAUGUACUACAGCAGCCCCGUCGAUGAGUCACCGCACACGAAUGGUAGCGAAGGGGACGAGGGCGACGACGACGUCGCCUUUUACGAUCACUCGGAGAAUCUGCCAUCAGACAAGUAG